AUGGCAUUCUCCCUGUUCAAGAGCAGGAACAAGAAUGUGGACAAGGCCCAAUCAGCAAAUAAGGAGGCUGCCCCAGCAUCGCAGCAACAAGCCAACAACAGCAAUGCUCGCGUGAACGAGAAGGGCGCUGUGCACGUCUCGACGGUGGCGGCCAGUGUGAACAACUCGAUGAGCUCGCUGCAAGGGGGCGGUGGUACCUCGACGCCGACUCCCGACCAGCAGAGCAACAAUAACAACACCACUACGACCACGAGACAGGGCCCGCGGGGACCGCAGAGUGCGGAGCCGCAGCCUGCGUCGGAUCUUCUGCUACGGAACAUGUCUGCGCCCGCUGUCCAGCAGCCCUCCAUGAACGCCAAUCCCAAUGCCUCCCUAUACCCGUGGUCGCAGCGCCGUCUCACGUACACCACCUCCCAUCCCAGCCCUUUUCCUCGCUAUGGCGCCGCGGUCAACUCGAUCGCCUCGAAGGAGGGCGACAUUUACCUGAUGGGCGGUCUGAUCAACAGCUCGACGGUCAAGGGGGAUCUGUGGAUGGUUGAGGCCGGUGGGAAUAUGGCUUGCUACCCCCUAGCAACGACGGCUGAAGGCCCGGGGCCGAGAGUAGGGCAUGCGAGUUUGCUAGUCGGAAAUGCGUUUAUUGUCUAUGGAGGAGAUACCAAGAUGGAGGAUUCAGAUGUGCUAGACGAGACGCUCUACUUGCUGAAUACCUCGACGCGACAAUGGUCGAGAGCAGUCCCCGCGGGACCAAGACCGGCAGGACGAUACGGCCACUCGCUUAACAUUCUUGGGUCCAAGAUUUAUGUAUUUGGAGGCCAGGUGGAGGGCUUCUUCAUGAACGACCUGGUUGCGUUCGAUUUGAAUCAACUGCAGGUCCCCACAAACAGGUGGGAGAUGCUCAUCCGGAAUAGCGUGGAUGGCGAACCACUACAAGGCCAGAUACCCCCGGCGCGCACGAAUCACUCGGUUGUCACGUUCAAUGAAAAGUUAUAUUUGUUUGGAGGAACCAAUGGCUUCCAAUGGUUUAAUGAUGUCUGGUGCUACGAUCCACUAUCUAAUAUGUGGACUUCCCUCGACUGUAUCGGAUACAUACCUGCUCCUCGGGAAGGCCACGCAGCCGCUAUUGUCGACGAUGUAAUGUAUAUCUUUGGAGGACGGACAGAAGAAGGCGCGGACCUGGGAGAUCUGGCGGCGUUCAGAAUCUCGUCGAGGCGGUGGUACACCUUUCAAAAUAUGGGCCCUUCGCCCUCGCCGAGAUCGGGACAUAGCAUGACGGCGUUCAACAAGCAGGUCGUGGUGUUAGCCGGUGAGCCAAGCACCGCGACCAGAGAGGCUGGGGAUCUGGGAAUCGUUUACCUACUGGACACCAGUAAGAUUCGGUAUCCGAACGAUCAGGCAAUUCAGCCGUCGCCCGCUUCCGACAGAGGCCUGGGACAUCGACGGCCGAGCAUGAGCGAGAAGUCUGGUAUGGGAGCCAGUCGUGGACUCAGCUCUCGAGAUGGAUCGACGAUGCACGACCCGUCGAAGAGACUGAAUGGUGCACCGAGGGAUCAAGGCUAUGGCCGAGGGAAUGGUGCGCCGGGUGUAAACGGGAAUGAUAUGAAUGGUGUCGCUCCUGGGUCAGCUCAACCGCAAGGCGCGCCCACCGGGCCUUCAGGACCUCAAGGCUUCCCAAAUGGGGUGCAGCAGAACGGCCAGCCAGGAGGAUCUAAACUCCCUCGAGCUUCGAUGGCUCAAACGGCUCCAGGCCCCCCACCGCAACAGCAAGCACCAAAUCCUAGAGCUAGUAGUGCGAACGGACAGAUAGGACCGAAUGGAAUACCAGCGGCGGGGCGUGGGAAGCCGCAGGGGAAAGCCGAGCGAGGAUCCGGGCCAUCGGUUGACCCGUCCGUACAGCCACCGCAGAAUCGUGCUGUCGAAAACAUUAUCCAGCCGGCCCAAUCCCGUACUACGUCCCCUGCCUUGAGAGAGUCCCCGCAGCCGCGAGAGAGCCCUGUCUUUAACGGGCGGCGUACACCCACGCAGACACAGCCCCAAGGCCAAAUAUCGAGAGCAGCAUCAUCUGCUGAGAACGGCCCGCCUGUGAGCAUGAAUACCGCCGGUGCUGGUGCUGGUACGGUCAGGGCCUCGUCCAAAUCCAGAUCGCACCGUCAACAGAGCUCGCUAGACAGCACUAGCGAGCAGUCUUCUUUACGGAAUGUCAUAAAUGCCCGCCAGGCAUCGCCCCCUCCGUCUCGGCAGCCCAGUGUGAGUCUGACCAGAAGAAGCUCGAAGCGGAAUUCUCAAACCGUAGCUCUGCUGAAGGAACUGGAUGCGGCCAAGAACCGUAAUGCUUGGUAUGCCUCCGAGCUCGAACUGGCUCGUAAAGCUGGGUACACCCCAAACCCCUCCUCGAGUCCGUUCCUCGAUCAGAGAGCAGCAGAGUCGUUUGACGAUGACGACAGGCCGCUGAUUGAAGCUCUGAUUGCUAUGAAAGGCGAGCUUGCCAAUGUCCAAGUAUCAAUCGACAAGCAAGCCAUUCUUGCCGCUAAAAAGAUUGCUGAGAUCGAGAAGCAGAGAGAUGCGGCUGUGAGUGAAGCUGUGUAUGCCAAGGCCAGGCUUGCGGCGCACAGCGGUAGUCAGAGCAGUACGCCUCAGCCUUAUGCCGACGCGCGCGAUCUUGGCUCGAUGUCUCUGGACAGGUCUGUAGAGGUCAGCAAGAAGCUUGCGGCGGCCCUCGCUGAACAGCGGGAUCUCAAGAACACGAUUGAAACCAUCAGCUCCGAGCUUGAAGCCGAGAAGCGUGGUCGCCAGUUGGCGGAGAGCACCUUGAAUACCGCACAAGGACGAAUGAGUGAGCUCGAGAGUUACAAGCAGCAGAACUCGUCGGAAGUGGAACGUCUGAAGGCCGAGCUGCAUGAGUUUCAAAGGGCAUCGAGAGAAGAGGCGAUUGUCUGCUCUGAAGCGGUUGCAGCCGUCCAAUUGCUGCAAGCGGAGAAGGAUGAGCUCGAGGCUCGAUACGAGGAGGCUAUUGGCUCAACAAAGGAUGACAGCGACACUUUUGAGUCUCUUCGGGAAGCACUCGCGUCGUCGGCGGACAUGAGAGAGAACCUUCAGCGAAAGUUGGAUGAGGAGCGCCUCGAGCGGGAGAAGAUCGAGGGCAAGCUUGCGACCCUCAAGACAGAACACGAGACGCAGGCCGCGGAGCUGGAGAGUGCCACCCGUCGUCUGAGAGGUGCCGAGGAGCUCGCGGAGCAACAUGCUCACGAAGCACGCACUCAUCGAGAAGCUGUUAUGGCUGGGCUCAGCAAGGUUGUCGCUCGGGACGUCGGUGGCAAGGCUGCUACCAAGGACGAUCGCUUGGUCGCGCUUCAAGCACAGGUCCAGUCGGCGAACUUGCUGGUCCGAAAGUACCAAGAGGCUGCGGAUACUGCUUCCGAGAAGCUCCGCAGCGCUGAGGAGCGUAUCGCUGGCCUCGAGGCGUACCAAGAGCAAGCCAGCCGAGAGGGCAUGUCGAUUCGAAAGCAACUUCAGUCGACGAUGCGUGAGGUCCAAACGCUUCAAGCCAAGAACUCGGACAUGAAGUACCAGCUUGCCAACCAGCAACUGGAGACGAAUGCUGUCCACGUUCAGCACAACACCCUCAAGGAUAUUCUUGGCGAGCGAGGCAUGAGCCCGAUCAAUUCUGCACGAGCUCGUGGGCUCCCCAGUCCUCAGUCUGGCUCCAACACGCCGGAUCUCUCACGUCUGCGCGAGUUGGAACACCAGUUGGCGGCUAGCGUCCAGGCUCACGAGGAGACGAAGCAGACUUACGAAGCUCAGCAUUCAGAAACCGAGGCCACCUAUCGGGAGAAGCUAAGUCUACUCGAGAACGACUACCAAUCUGCCGUUCACUACGUCAAGGGCACGGAGAAGAUGCUUAAGCGUAUGAAGGACGAAUUGUCGAAAUACAAGUCCGAAAACACGGGCCUGAAGGAGCACCUCGCCAAGUCCGAGGAGAAGAGGGGGGCAUCACAAGAUGCCUCGAGCGGAUGGGACGCGGAGCGCGCUUCUCUCACUAGGCAGAUCGAGACCUUACAGGCCGAGAUCAAAACCUCGGUUAGUCUCUUGGAACGACAAAUGGCCGACGUCAAGAAGGAGUUGGCCGCAUCUCAAGAAGAGCGUGACCAGCUGAAGGAAACCCACGAGCAGUCGCAACGUCAACUCAACGCUGCGACCGAGCAAGCCCGCUCCGACCUCGCCCAGCUGCAGGAAGAGAACACUCAACUCGAGCGCCGCGCUCUGGAUGCGGAGAACAAAGUCUCUCUCCUGCUUGACCAGGUCGAGUCCUCGGUCGACAACUACCGCCGCCAGUCCCGCCCAGUUGAGACCAACGGGGCUCCGAUAACAGCUGCGAGCAGUACACACCAGCGCACGAUCAGCGCCACCGACUCCAUCUCUGAAUCCUCGGUCUACGAUGGUGGCAACCGAAGUUCGAUGGCACUGGACAGUCUCGCGACGGAGCUCGAGACACUGCGCUCGCACUGGGAGAACACGAACAAAAGCUACCGUCUCAGUAAUGCGUUCGAUUUCGAGGAUCGCAGCCCUGCUAGUGCAAGCGGCUUGGGAACUGUGGGGGAGGGGCUGAGCAGUAGUUUGAGUGAGUGGCGGAAACGACUUGAUGCUGAGGAGGAUGCGUCAAGGUCGAAAAAGGGCGGCGAGACUGUCGUUGCGGGCGAGCUGAGCAGCGUUACGGGGAGCCCGGGUAGCAGCGUGGGGGGGGUGAGCUCGAGUGAGAAGGAGCUUGUGGCGAAGGAGGGCAAGGACAGGAUUCCGGUGUGA